AUGAAGAAAUCCGUACCAUCAUCACCAUCAAAAGAUGGUACUCAACAUCUGAUGCGAAAAACACCAUCCACCAGAUCACUCCAAUCACUACAACCAAUACAACCAUUAAGUCAACUCCAUCAAUCACCACACUACAACAACUACAACAACAACAACAAUGACAACAACAACAAUUACAAAAAUAAUAACAAUACCAAUAACGGCACAUUCUCAAACCCAAUUUCUACUCGACCGUCACUGAGAUUGAACUCGCCACAAACAUCACAAGCAUCUUUCACACCCCAUCACUUUCAACAUGCACAAAGCACACAGCAUAGCCACACCUUCCAUUACGAGCCAGAUCGCGAGCGAAGUACUACAUUAUCCUCGCUAGAUAUCCCGUUCCAUUCGGUCGAACGAGAACAUAGAGAACGAUCAAAAAGUAAAGUCUGCAAUCAUGAUGAUACCGCUAAUGGUACUACCAGCGAUACUGGCACUGGUGUUGGUGCUGGUGCUGGUGCUGGUGCUGGUGCUGCAAGCAGUACUGCCACCAAUACUGGAAUUGGACAUUCUACGACCUCGAAUAACGUCUCAUCAGCUGAACGUGCUGAACGUGCAGCAAACAGAACAUAUUCAGCACCUCAACAGCCCUCAAGACCAAAGAUAUCGAGAAAUAGAAGUGCUACCUUACCUGCAUUUACACAUUUCGAACCAAUCCGAAUGAAUGAUACAAUGCACACAUUAGCAAUUACAGACGACGACCAGCAUCAACACCAGCACCAGCACUUACACAUGCACCCUCAAACCCACCAACCGUUGCAUUCUCCAAAGAUCCGCUCACAGAGCUCAUUGAAAGCACUCGCAUUCAAUCACCCUGAAAGCCCUACAUGGUUGCUCAGUGACUUGAUCUCAAACUUGAGCUCUUUAAAAGACAGAGACGAACGCUAUAUUGUACAAAUCUCAAACGAUCUAGUACACCUAUUCCAAACAUACCCAAAACUAGAAGAUGAAGUACAAAUAAGGACAGUGUUACCCAGAAUACUGUUUAUGUUGUACCACCCAGUAUCUGAAGUGCGAUCAUCUUGCUAUCGAAUCUUGCGACACUUGAUUGUCAGUUAUGAGAGUUUAAUAAUAUUGCUUCAACUGAAAAUACUCAUCUUCAUUAUCGUUAGUAUGUCCAACGAUCAGUCUGGACAAACCUUGAUUGAAAUGGAACAGGCAUUGAAAUUGGUGAGAAAGUUUUUAACCAUCAACAAAGGAGCUGAUUUGCUUUCUGUUGGUGUAGUAAAAGCAUUGAUAGCCAUUGUCCAGUGUAAUGAUCCAGAUGACCACAAGGGUUCAACAAUAACGUCCAAUUAUGCAGUUCGCGUGGACACUAUCCCAGAAGGGUUUAAGAAUGCAUGUCUAGAAACUAUUUGCGAGAUUGCAUUGGUAAAACCUGAGUUGGUGUUUCAUGGAGGCGGUUUUAAACUAAUCAUUGACUCUGUGAUUGAUAGCUCAUUUGAAGUAUCAUCAACUUGCUUAUUGAUUGUGUUGCGGCUAUUGAAUUUCCAAAACUCAAGAAAGUUUUUAAGAAAUGGGUUUGAUCUAGACUCUUUAAUAGCCAUUUUCUCUACAGACGAAUCCCUGGACACGAAAAAAAGCUCGCAUUUCUCAGCCAAGAUCCGCAAAGCUUCAACUUUUAAAUUACAAAAAGUUUCCUUCUUGAUAUCGGGAUUAUUAAAGGACUUUAAUGGAUUAAUGGCAUUUUCAAUCAACAAUUUCACAAGCAUAAACAAUUUACUAUUGAAUUUAAACAAGAGAAACUAUAGGGUACAAAAUUCGAUUCUUGAUAUCAUCCUUGAUGCACUACGAAUUCAAGUGUUUCCGUGGUUGCAAAGCGGGCCUAUUGGUGACUUUGUAUCUCGAUUUAAUGAUCUCAAACAACUGCAACUGCAAAAUGAAAAAAGGAACCAAAAGCCACAUAAACAAAUGGUUGGCAAUGAACAACACUAUUUUCCAUUCAAAUACGGCAACAAGUGCGAGCCAUUUAUUGCUGGUAUUGUAAAUCACUAUCAGGGACUACUAGCAUACAUCUUUAUCAUCAACGGAGUAUUUGACCACCUUUUGAAAAUCAUCGACGACGAAGAAGCUGACGAAGCUCUAAAGAAGAAAGCAAUUUUGUUACUAUGCGAACUAUACACCAUGGCAAAUACUUUGAUUCCUUUUGACUUGGUUAAAUCGCAAUUGCAAUCUCCCAAUUUGGCCUCGCAUGCGUUUUUAUUUGCCACAGAAACAAAGAUGGGCGAUACUUUAAAAGACUUGAACCUUUCUACUAAGCACCAGCUUAAAGAUAUCAAUGCUAAAGCACAUUUCAACCCCAAUGACGAUGAGCUUAAGUCUAUGAUUGCUCGUAGUAAGAUCCUAAUUGUUAAAGAUUUUCAAGAAUGGAACUGGAAUAUUUUACAACAAAUUAUCGAGGGUCCGUUAACAAACCCCAAGAAAUUUGAUGAAAUACUUGAAAAGACGCCAAAAGUGCUCAAACGAUUAAUGUCAUUUUAUCGUCCAUUUAAAUAUAGAUUCUCAAACGUUUCCGCAAAAAGCUCGAGGCUCGAAAAGUAUAUCUCUGUUGGAUGUCUAUUUUUCAAGACAUUGAUGAGUACGGGUGUUGGUCUCAAGUAUUUGUCAAUGAGCAAAUUUCUUCCCCAAAUGUCUGAGAUAUUGGCUCAGAUAGACCCCUAUAGCGGCAUAUAUGCAAAUGAUGCUAUUUUGGGUAAGCGACGGGUCGAAAAUACUGCGUCUUUAAAUUAUUUACAAUUUUUAGGUGUUUUGAGUUCCACAGUUGAGGGAGUAAACAUUUUAGCAAGUUGGCAAAUUUUCACUUCCUUCUAUAAUAUUAUUUCCUCAACGGCAACUCUGGAGAGCAAUAAUUUAAUUGUGAUAAAUUUGUUUAAAUAUGUAAGUUUCGAUGUUGAAGAGUCGCAGUUUAAAAAGUUGUUACAAAUGAGCUUAACAGUCUCCAAUUUGAGACUUCGACAAUACUUGCUGAAACACGUCUUGCCCAAAUUGUUUCAUACUAAUGAUUUCGAAUCAUUUUGCAUUGAAAUGUCGGUCAAUUCAUUGUAUGAUUCUAACUCGGAAAUUGUUUCGCGAUCCAUUGCCCAGCUUUACAAAUAUUACGAAUCAAUUGGGUUUGAUACAAUUGGAGACUUUGCAACUUACCGUCCCCCAGUGCAUAUUCUUGCCAAUGAUGAGUUGGGUGCUGAUCUCCUUAUAAAAUGUCUUUCAACUACACGCGGGCUCGUGUACUUGCUGAAAAGAGGAUUUAUUACUUUUGAACUUGGAAAGUGGAUGCAAAUUAAAAACUUUAGGUAUGCAAGAAAAUUAGAUUAUUUGAUAAGACAACAGUUUUUUCCAUUUAUUGAUGCAAGAACGGUUGAUCUUUUACUGUACAAUGAAUAUGAUAGUAAUGAGAAUCUUUCCUUGCAGUUUUUCGAAAAUUUAUUAACAACGCAAGAGGGAUUGAAUUUCUUAUUGGAAGGUUCGGGCAAAAACUUUAUUGACCGUUUGAUCUCAUCUACCGAGAUUAUAUUCAAUCAAAUCAACCUAGACGACGAGUUUCAGGACAUCGAUAACCAAGAUGAGAUACAUUCGGAAUUACUUUAUACGUUAAAGCAAAAUUUAUGGAUAAUAGGACAAAUUUCAUCCGCCAGGUUUGGCAUUCAAUUAUUUACAUCACUUGUAAAUUCUGGGACAAAUUUCAACUCGCAAUCCAGCUCAGAUUCUAGUCCAGUUUUGAGCUCAGGUUCAAUUAUUGACAUCAUAAUUGCCAAUUUUCAUUGUUGCCCUCUUUGGGAAAUUCGGGGUCUUUGCUUUUAUGUGAUUGGUCAAAUAUCGAAAAACAUAGAAGGAGCUAAACUAUUGAAGCAUGCAGGAUGGGUUUCUAUGCAAGAUGAGUAUGGUCAAAGAUUAGGUUUAGCAUUUCCAAAGCCCAGUCUUGAUGAUAUUGGAAUUGAACCUGGGAUUGAUAAAGCCAAUUUGUUUAAUGUUGAGAUUGUGAAUCCAUACCGUGACACGCGAUACUACUAUAUCUUCAACAGUCUUCUUGAGAAAAACACUGAAGAAGUAUUACUGCCGGUUCAAUUGAAGGUUAUUAAUCAUUUACAAGAAUUGAAUGCUAUCCUAUCUAAAAUUGAACUAAAGUCUCUACGUGAACUUACGAAAUUGAAGAAACUGGAACAAAGCAUGGAGAUUUUUGACGAUAUCAAUUUGUUUCUUGAAGUGGUUAGAACCAUCGACAAGGGGAAUUUUUCUUUUCACAAGCGAGUAUUUAUUUUCAAAUUGUUUACUGAAAAAACCAAAGUUAUGGAGAAUAUUUUGAAAAAGGAAAGAAGAAAUUCAAUUCGAGCGCAAGUUUAA